AUGCCGACGACUAUCAACUCAGCCGUUCGAAGCCGCAUAUUGCCUCGCCCACGUCGGUGCCUGAAGGUGUCGUACCGCGCAAUCCGCUCACAACAACCUGCACAUACUACAACACGUCCAUUCCAGCGCUCAGAUCCUCUCUCGGACUUCCCAGGUGACCGACACCCACCUUUCCCUGAUCUCUCGUUGCGACGGCAGAUCAGGGCUUAUUCCUCAAAGCACAUUGCCGGGACUGCCUCCACGUCCCCUCUCGCAAUGAAAGGGCAAAACUACCACGUCCGAAUCCGACAACAUCGUUUUGGCAACUGCCACCCCAUCCAUCCAUCCUUGUCCCAGGUCCAGUCCCCGGACUUGCCUCAAACCACUGAUUACGCCAUUAUCGGCUCCGGCGUGACGGGCUGCAGCGUCUCCAAGGCUCUCCUAGAGCACGAGACGCCUCUAUCUUCGAAGGCAUCGACUGUGACAGUGUUUGAGGCUCGCACCCUGACCAGCGGUGCUACGGGUCGGAAUGGGGGUCUCUUAACAUCAUUCGUUCCGGACGAGUACAAGUCCCUUAGCGAGGCCUUUGGCCAUGAACAAGCUGUAAAGAUCGUACGAUCUGCGAACAGAACGCUCGAAAAGAUGCAUGCGCUUGGGAACUCUUCGAAAGAGAUGCAGGACGCCAGCGAGGUGAGGAAAUUGCUGGAUGUCAUUUGCUAUCAGGAUGACGCGACUUUCCAAGAAGCUGUGGAGUCCCACCGGCUCUAUGAAAAGCAUGUGCCCGAGGAGCGACAGAAAGCUCAGGUCUUGAUCAUCAUUGAUCAAUUUCAACAGCGAUAUAAUGUGAAAGCUGCGGCUGGUGCGAUCGUGUUCAACAACGGCGCGUUUUGGCCUUAUAAGCUUAUCACGAGACUAUGGGCUCAGCUUCUCGAAGACCACCAGUCACGACUGUCAAUUGAGACCAAGACGCCUGUUACGAAAAUAACGUACGUUCCAGCCACGAAUCCAACAUACCCAUACAUCCUCGGCACCUCAAGGGGCCCCGUCCACGCUGGUCGAGUGGUUCACGCCACGAAUGGAUAUGCCGGACACCUGCUACCGGAGUUGCGCGGCAAGAUUUACCCAGUCCGCGGAAGCGAACUCACCUGGGCUUUCUUCCAGAGCGGCAGCUUUGAUUCCGAGACCAACAUACUCGAAGGGGGAUUGUACUACUCCUGCCAGCACCCCAAGACCGGCGAGAUCUUUGUGGGCGGCGAGAAGCCGCGGAUUGAUGAGUUACUUGGUACUGAUGAUUCAGUGGUCGGCGCCACGAGUGUCGACAACAUGGCCACUCUGCUGCCAAAGUACUUCGACCAAGCUUGGAAGGAGGGCGAGAAGCCUGAUCUGACUAGUACAUGGUCCGGUAACAUGGGUUUCACACCGGAUCGGCUUCCUUUGGUAGGCAGCUUGCCGGAGAGCGUGACAAACCGGGGCAAAGACGGCGGUGAAUGGAUUGCGGCCGGGUUCAAUGGGUAUGGCAUGCCGUUAUGUUGGUCGUGCGGCGAGGCAGUCACAAACAUGGUGCUUGGCCUGGAUGUGAGUAACUACUUGCCUGAAGUGUUCCUUGCAACUGCCGCACGCCUGCAGGAUGAGAGUCGGAUGUCGAUCGAAGCGGCAUUGGGGCGAUUGUUUCAGAGUGACAACCAGGGCCCGGUCAAUUCUGAGGCGGCGCCAUCGAUGUGA